CCUAUGCUAUGUACUGCCUUUCUUGAUAUGAAGGAGCUCGAAGUAACGGCAGUGCAUAGCGCGGCUCGCUGCUCGACGCGCGUUGACCGGAGUUUAGUGUUGUGAAAAUGGGGUGCAGGGUUGCUCCGAAGGCGACACCGUCCGGUCGCGUCCCGGACAGUCAGGAGCCGCAGGAGCUGGCGGACUACGAGACCGCUUUGGACGCGGCGGGUUAUGGCCGCUUCAGUCGCAGCGCGCUGGGAGCCUGUGCGUGCGCCUUCUUCACGACGGGCGUGCAGAACUGCGUGAUGUCGUAUGUACUGCCCGCUGCCAAGUGCGAGCUGCGGCUGACCACCUACCAGGCUGGCUUGAUCAAUAUGGCGUUCAUGAGCGGUGGAGUGGCAAGUGCGUUCUUCUGGGGCAUCGUGGCGGACGUCUUCGGAAGGAGGAACAUCCUCAGCAUGACGCUGCUGGUGGACUCCGCCAUCCUGCUGGCGCAGAGCACCGUCACCGACUACCGGCUGCUGUUAGCCGCCAGGUCCAUCAACGGGUUCCUUAUCGGUGCCCCUUCUACGUUGGUAUUUACGUAUCUGUCAGACCUGGUCGGAGUGAAGAGGCGACAGUUUUACCUAGACAUUACUGGUGGAAGUUUUGUGGCUGCAUGGCUUAUUUUACCAGCAAUCGCAUGGCUUGUUAUACCUUUAAAGCUAUCUGGAUUCACUACAAUCCUGCCAAUUUACUCCUGGAGGUUAUAUCUAGCUCUCGGGAGCGUGCCCGGCUUUGUUGCUGGUAUUUGGGUCCUCUUCCUCCCAGAGAGUCCCAGGCUGCUCUCUGACACCAACCGGAGUGAUAAGGCUAUGAAGAUCAUAUCAUACAUCAAUCAGUGUAAUAGAGGAUCGGGGGCAGAAUUUAAGAUCAAGAAGCUCAUACAAGACAACAUUUUCAUGACAAAAACAGUCAGCGGCGAGCAAAGUCGGACGAAGGCGUUGUUCAUGGGAGUGUUGAGAGAUCUCAAAAUUUUCGUUUCAAAGAUGUACGCGAUGAAAUCCAGUUUGAUACUGUUUGUUUUCUUCGCAAAUAUGGCCGCUGGAUUCGGCUUAAACCUCUGGAUACCAGAACUUCUCCUCCGUAUGCAGGGGAAAGGCUGUUCCGCCAACGCAACUUUACCAGAGCCUGCUCAACUGUUUAACGCAAGUAACAUCGCAUGGGAAGACAUGCCUAAGAUCUACAACGUUCGUCUCCGGGAUGAAGUUGAAAAUGUCACUACUACCACAUUGAACCCCCAUGAUGUUGAGAAAUGUGACGAAACUAUUGAAGAUUCCAUAUUUACAUCUGGACUGGUAGUGGGAGCUUGCUGUGUUAUAGGCAACGCUGCAUGCGCUCUCGUAUCAGCCCGUGGCGCAAACGGCGUGCGUCGCGCGGCAGCUCUUUGUGCGUUGGCUUGCGCACUGGCUUGCGUUUGUCUUGCCGCGUGCGUUUGCGCUUGUGCGGCAUCCACGCAUCUUGCGGUUGCAGCUGCAGCAGCUAUGAACGCGGCGUCAUUGAAUGGGAACGUCCUGCUUAUAAGGCUGCUGUUGCAUUCUUUGCCUGCUAAGUUGGGAAGCCUAGGCGUGUGUUGGGGCGCCUGGUGGGGCAGAGCUGGUGGAGUUGCUUCCAACUUGGCUGUCGGAGUCUUGCUGGACUACUCCUGCCCGGCGCCUUUCAUAUCCGUCGCUGUUUUAUUAGCUCUGUCAAUCGGUGCCAUCAUGAUGAUAAAACUAGAAAAAGUAAUAGUCAUAGAAAACAACAAGACUGAAAUAGACAAUUCUGAGAAGAAUACCUUAGAUAGAUACCUCUCAACUCAUAUGUAGGAAAUAAUUCUAAGAAGGAAACGUUGGACAGAUACGAGUACAUUUCUAAAUAUAAAUAUUUCUAAAAAAGUAGGAAAUAAUUCUAAAAAAAAUACCUUUUUAGACAGAUACGUAUAUAUCUCAACUCAUAUUAUGUAGGAAAUAAUUUUAAAUACAAAGUUAUGAAGUGCCUAAAUAAAUACUAAAAAUAUAUAUAAUUUUUAGAUUUUAUAUUUAUAUCUCUGUAACAAACUUAAUAUAUAAGUUUAACUCAGCUAUUAAAUAGCAUUCUAUGGUAUUGUAUUUCGUUUCAUAUAUAUUUUUGAGAUAUAUCACCUAUUUUAAUAUAGUUUGACUUUUGAAUGUAUGUUUGUCUUUUAGAUCAGGCGCUGUUUAUUUGGAUAUAC